AUGGCCUUAAGAAAUGUUUCUUCCAUGACAAACUCUCAUUCCCACACAAACCAACGCAUGUGCAUGUGCUCGCCAACCAAUCAUCCUGGCUCGUUCAGGUGUAGCAAGCACAAGAAGUCACCGCGUGUUGUGGUGGCUCCGCCCUCAUCUUCAACCUCCUCCAAACCGGAUUAUAAUAAUUUGGAUCACUCGCCUAUAGCCAUAUUGGCCAAGGCGAGAUACUCGUUGAAGGCAAUUGUCCUCCGAAUAGUUAAGGAUCAUUCUAAAAAUGAUCCUUAUAAGACGAAGUCAUUCCAGUCAAAGCCUACUCGCACGUGCAUGUGCUCACCGACCAAGCAUCCUGGCUCGUUCCGGUGUAGCAAGCACAAGAAGUCGCCGAGUGUUGUGGUGGCUCGGCCGGCCUCUUCUACCUCCUCCAAGCCGGAUUAUCAUAAUUUGGACCGCUCGUGGAUGACCAUAUCCCUCAAGGCGAAUUGUUCGUUAAAGGCAUUUCUACUCCAAAUAAUUAAGCAUCAUUCCAGACAUUAUCUUCAUAGGAGGAAGAUAUUCGAACCAAAGCCUACUCGCUUUUCGGUAAUGAACCGUGUUGCAGUUUCUUGA